GGCCAAAGGGCAACCCGCUUUCAUCAGGAGCCGCCUUAGCCCUGCUGUAGUAUUUCCGAGGCCCUUUCCACGGGCUGUCCCUCAGGCAGGCAUAUUCCGUGGCUGGUCUCUUGCUGCUGCUAGCAUUCCCCCAGCAGCCAUGUCCAGCCUGAAGGAACUUUGCAGCGGGCUCCCGCUGCACCCUCUUCCCGAGAACAGAGCCCGAAGGAGUGGAAUCCCUCAUGCUCCUGUCAGGGGACCCAACCUCACUGCACAGGAGGAAAAGCUGGCUUUGAAGAAUGCUCUGCGAUAUUUUCCACCCAACUUGCAUGGCAUACUAGCACCGGAAUUUGCCAAAGAACUGAAGCUCUACGGACAUAUUUACAUGUACAGGUUCUGUCCCCAGAUGAAGAUGCGAGCUUAUCCCAUCCAUGAAUAUCCUUGCAAAACCAAACACGCCGCUGCAAUCAUGCACAUGAUUAUGAAUAAUCUUGAUCCUGAAGUGGCCCAGUUUCCCCAGGAACUUAUAACUUAUGGAGGAAAUGGCCAAGUCUUCAGCAACUGGGCUCAGUUCUGGCUGGUGAUGCACUAUUUGUGUGAGAUGACCGAAGAUCAGACAUUGGUCAUGUACAGUGGACAUCCUUUGGGGCUCUUCCCUAGCCAUCGGAAUGCUCCUCGAUUAGUCAUCACCAACGGCAUGGUAAUUCCCAACUAUUCCUCCAGAGAUGAAUAUGAACGAAUGUUUGCAAUGGGGGUUACAAUGUAUGGACAGAUGACAGCAGGGAGCUACUGCUACAUCGGACCACAAGGAAUAGUCCACGGAACUGUGUUAACAGUGCUUAAUGCGGGACGUCGCUACCUGGGAGUGGAGGAUCUGUCCGGAAAAGUCUUUGUCACAUCUGGCCUCGGGGGGAUGAGUGGGGCUCAGGCCAAGGCUGCAGUCAUUGCUGGCUGCGUGGGAGUUAUUGCCGAGGUUGAUGAAGCUGCCCUUUUAAAACGUCACCAACAGGGAUGGUUGAUGGAAAUCACAAAAAGUCUGGACCACUGCAUUCAUCGGCUCAGAGAAGCAAAGAAGGAAAAAAUGCCUCUUAGUUUGGGAUAUCAUGGGAAUGUGGUAGAUCUUUGGGAAAGACUCGUCGAUGAAUUCAUUACUACUGGAGAACUUUUAGCUGAUUUGGGGUCUGACCAAACAUCUUGUCACAAUCCAUUUAAUGGAGGCUAUUACCCAGUGCAGCUGAACUUUAAGGAGGCUAACGAGCUCAUGUCCAGCAAUCCUAUAAAAUUUCAGUCUCUAGUGCAAGAGAGUCUCAGGAGGCAAGUGGCUGCAAUCAACAAACUGGCCGAUCAUGGAAUGUUCUUUUGGGAUUAUGGAAAUGCUUUCCUUCUAGAAGCUCAGCGAGCUGGUGCUGAUGUCAAGAAGAGAGGAGCCGGCAAAGGAGAAUUCCGAUACCCUUCCUAUGUUCAGCACAUUAUGGGUGACAUUUUUUCUCUGGGAUUCGGACCAUUUCGCUGGGUUUGUACCUCAGGUAACCCGGAAGACUUGGCAACGACUGACUUUCUAGCCACUGCAGUGCUCCAGGAAGCUGUGCUUCAGGGAGUGAACACAUCUGUGAAGCAGCAAUACUCCGACAACAUCCGUUGGAUUCAGGAAGCCAGAAGGCACAAUUUGGUGGUAGGAUCCCAAGCCAGAAUUUUGUAUUCAGAUCAGAAAGGCCGAAUAGCAAUUGCAGUGGCAAUUAACCAAGCCAUCGCUGAGGGAAGAAUUAAGGCUCCUGUUGUUCUUAGUCGAGACCACCAUGAUGUGAGUGGGACGGAUAGUCCUUACAGAGAGACCUCGAACAUCUACGAUGGAUCUGCAUUUUGUGCAGAUAUGGCUGUGCAGAAUUUUGUGGGAGACUCGUUUAGAGGAGCCACCUGGGUGGCCUUGCACAAUGGAGGGGGUGUUGGCUGGGGAGAAGUAAUAAAUGGAGGAUUUGGACUUGUCUUGGAUGGUUCAGCUGAUGCAGAAGAACGUGCGAAGAUGAUGCUGAGCUGGGAUGUUUCCAAUGGAGUUGCUAGACGCUGUUGGUCCGGCAACAAUUAUGCUUAUGAAACCAUCUGUCGAGCCAUGGAGAGAGACAAGAAACUAAUGGUGACCCUUCCACAUCAGGUGACAGAUGACAACAUCCUGGAACAAGCCUUGAGUUGUUAAUUUCAUUUUAAGGCUUUUAUUGUUUCUUUUCCCUUUCUUUUUUUAAACCAGGCUUUGACCAGUGCUCCUCUACCACCCCUUAAACAGCCUUAGUUUAGAAUGAUAUAAUAAAUGGUUUUUUGACACUGUC